AUGCAGCGCAGAUCUGCCGCGGCCCAGGGCACUGCCCCGCCUCAGGAUGGAGAGCAGCCCGCGGAAUCUCCAGAGCCGCCGCCGCCGUGGCCGCCGCCGCCGCAGCCGCCGCUCCUGCCGUCGCCGCCGGCGCGGGCUCCUUGGCUGCUCCGCGCGCCUUCGCCGGAACCGGCACCGCAGUUCUGUCCAGAGCUUGCUCCAGAACCUGGUCCGGCGGCGACCCCAGAACCAGCCUCAGAACUCGACACAGAACCGAUCCUAGAACCAGAUAGAGAACCAGCCCCAGAUCCAGCCCCUGAGCCGAUCCCAGUACCAGCCGUAGAACCGGCCCCCGAGCCGGCCCCAGUACCAGCCAGAGAACCAGCCACAGAGUCCUGCCCUGAGCCGGCUCAAGUGUCCCGUCUGGAGCAGAGCCCAGCACCACAUUUAUUGCAGUGUCCGGUGGUCGCUCCAGAGAAGGGUCUAAGGACCUCGCCAACGCCGCGAACACCAGUGCCAGCGCCACUGUCCAGUAUAAAGAGGCCCAAGCUGUGGAGCCGCAGUCGUCUGCUUGACCCCCUCCCUGCCACUGGGGAGGGAGUCCUCAGCUUGGGCGCAACUGGCAGCGCUCCAGGGAAGGGCCCGGAGUCUCUGUUGCCCGCUGGGCGCUGGUACCCGAUUCGGGUGGGGAUUAGGGGUUGGGCGGCGCCCACGCGCACUGCAGGGGAAGGGCAGGGUUCGCCCGAGAGGACUGGGAGAGCAUGCGUGCGUCGAAGCCACCAUUCCAUCUGUUUGCAGGAUUUCCCGGCAGGUAGGUGCAAACACAGCGUUACAGUGAUGGGCCGCGUCACAAGCGGGCGACUGGCAUCCCGCACUGCUGCCAGUUGGAAUGUCUUCAGAGACGCCUUUGUAAAUGCUGCACUUCACCGGGAUCCUCCCGCCAAGGGGGGAGGGGGAAGAAAGAAGGUUUUCCGUCUUUCCUUGGACCUUGAAACCCCGAAAACCGCGUCUGAUCUUCAGGAGUCUAAAAUACUGAAGGAAGGACCUCUUCUAAAGAGCUGUAACUCAUUCAAGAGAUGGAAGCUUAGAUAUUUUCUAGUUCGAGGACAAAGGCUCUGCUUUGCACACCAUCCUGCGUUUGCACGCUUUGAAACAAUUGAUUUGUCUCAAGUUGCCUUGGCAGAAAGCAGCUGUAGAAACCUUUGCCACAGUUUUUGCGUGAUCACACCACAGCGAAAUGUUACGCUGGCUGCACCCAAUCGGAAAGACAUGGAAGAAUGGAUUAACGUCAUAAAAACCGUGCAACAGGGAGAAAUUCGUAAGAUACCUGCAGCAGAAAACAACCCUUUUCUUACUGGAAUGCACUACUGGUAUUCGAGCCACAGUCCCCGGACCCAGCACUGCAAUGUUUGUCGGGGGAGCAUUCCUGCCUUAUCUCAAAAUGUUAUCAUCUGUGAAGUGUGCAAAGUAAAGUCUCACAGAUUAUGUGCUUUAAGAGCAAACAAAGAUUGCAAAUGGAAUACAUUAUCCAUUACUGAUGACCUCCUCAUGCCUGCAGAUGAAAAAACCAUGCCUCAUCAAUGGGUAGAAGGAAACAUAUCUGCCAGUUCUCAGUGCGCAGUAUGUCAUGAGAACUGUGGCAGUUACCAGAGACUUCAAGAUUUCCGGUGUCUCUGGUGUAAUUCUACGGUGCACGACGACUGCAGGAGACGGUUUUCCAAGGAAUGCUGGUUUGGAAGUCAUCGAUCAUCAGUCAUUCCUCCCACUGCCCUGAGCGACCCCAAAGGUGAUGGCCAAUUAGUAGUAUCUCCAGACUUUUGGAAUCUUGAUUGGUCUUCAGCCUGUUCAUGCCCCCUUCUCAUCUUCAUCAACUCCAAAAGCGGCGAUCAUCAAGGGAUCGUCUUCCUCCGGAAAUUCAAGCAGUACCUUAACCCAUCUCAAGUGUUUGACCUGUCGAAGGGUGGACCUGAAGCCGGGCUCUGCAUGUUCAAGAACUUUGCUCGCUUUCGUGUGGUGGUUUGUGGUGGAGAUGGCAGCGUGAACUGGGUCUUAUCUCUGAUUGAUGCCUUUGGAUUACAUGAACAGUGUCAGCUGGCAGUCAUCCCUCUUGGAACUGGUAAUGAUCUGGCCCGUGUCCUCGGCUGGGGUGCAUUCUGGAACAAAAACAAGUCACCUCUGAACAUCCUCAACAGAGUAGAGCAAGCUGGUGUGAGGAUUCUAGACAGAUGGAGUGUGAUGAUCCGUGAGACUCCCAGACAAACUCCAUUGCUAAGAGGGCAAGUUGAAAUGGACGUACCCCGAUUUGAGGCUGCUGCCAUCCAACACUUAGAAUCUGCAACCACUGAGUUAAACAAAAUCCUGAAGGCCAAGUACCCGACAGAGAUGAUUAUCGCAACCAGAUUCCUGUGCUCAGCAGUGGAAGAUUUUGUGGUUGAUAUUGUAAAGGCCUGGAGCCGGAUAAAACAGAACAAUACAGCAGUAGAGUCUGUCAUUUUGAAAAGCGACUUAAUGUACGACAAGCUCAGUGUCCUGAUUGAUAUCCUUGCUGAGGAUGUAGCAGUUGAGAAGAGUGCCAAAGCACAUAAGGAAAGUGCCAAGGCAGAUGGAGAGCCCUCCAUCCCUCAAAUAGACCACAUAGCCAAGUGCAAGUUGGAGCUGGCUACAAAGGCCCAGAAUCUCCAAAAGUCGUUGAAACUCAUCAUAUUCCAAGUUGAACAAGUUCUUGAUGAGGAAAGCCGACAGACAAUAUCAGUUAAGAACUUCAGUUCAACUUUCUUCCUAGAAGAUGACUCAGAAGAUAUUAACCAGAUGAGCCCAAGACACCGUUCUCGUCUUGGUACUCUGUCUUCUAUAUCUUCUCUCAAAAGUGAAGACCUAGAAAACCUCAAUUUGGAGCACUUACAUUUUACACCUGAAACUAUACGCUUCAAAGAAAAGUGUGUCAUGAACAACUAUUUUGGAAUUGGACUAGAUGCUAAAAUUUCUCUGGAAUUCAACACCAGAAGAGAUGAACACCCAGGACAAUACAAUAGCCGCAUUAAGAACAAGAUGUGGUAUGGCCUUCUGGGAAGCAAGGAACUCUUUCAGCGCUCUUAUAGGAAACUGGAAGAACGAGUGCACCUGGAGUGUGAUGGAGAGGCCAUCUCCUUGCCAAAUCUGCAAGGCAUUGUAGUGCUCAACAUUACCAGCUAUGCCGGAGGUGUCAACUUUUGGGGAAGCAGCACGGCAACCACAGAAUAUGAGGCUCCUGCGAUAGAUGAUGGGAAGCUAGAGGUAGUGGCAAUCUUUGGUUCUGUACAGAUGGCAAUGUCUCGUAUCAUCAACCUGCAUCAUCAUCGCAUCGCCCAGUGCCGUGAGGUGAUGAUAACUAUCAAUGGUGAAGAAGGUAUCCCAGUGCAGGUGGAUGGGGAGGCCUGGGUUCAGAGGCCAGGCCUUAUCAAGAUUAGAUACAAGAACACUGCUCAGAUGUUGACCAGAGAUCGGGACUUUGAGAACUCAAUGAAAAUGUGGGAGUGCAAGCAUUCUGAAAUCCAAGCUGCCUCUCAGCCCCAGCUGGAUACCCAGGAAUCUCAAGAUAGCCUCUCUGAUGAGGAGUAUGCCCAGAUGCAGCACUUAACUCGGCUUGCAGAAAACCUCAUCAGCAGACUUACUGACCUGAGCAAGGUCCACCAGCAUGUGUCUGUCCUCAUGGAUUCUGUGAAUGCCAGUGCUAACAUCCUAAAUGAUGUAUUUUACAAACAAGAGAGUAGCAAUGAGACAGCUGCAGCUUCCUGCAUUCCCAUUGAGACUUUAACCAGAAAUGAGGCAGUAGAUGUUGCAUUUAGUCUUAAAGGGCUCUACGAUGACACCAAAGCUUUCCUGGAUGAAAACUUGCUGAGAAACGCUGAAUAUGAGGCCACACUGAAAAUUUCCCUGGAUGCCAUGAAUAAGGAGUUUGAAAAGCUAUCCAAGAUUGACUGGAUGAAUUCAAUCCUUUUUCUGGAGGAAAAGUCCUCAGACACUGACAGCAAAAGCUUCAGAUUGAAAGUUAAGUUCCCCAAAUUGGGGAAAAAGAAGUCAGAAGAGGAAUACAAGCCUAAAUCAGGCCAAGGCAUCCAGGGUUUUAUUGGUAAUUUGUGGCAUCACAGACAUCAUGAAGAUGAAGCAAAAUAUGAUGAUCCUCCAACACCAUCAGGAUCUCAACUAUAA